AUGGAGGAGGUUACUGGGAACUUGGAUCAGGAAGCAGCUGGAGAGCUUGAACCAGAGGAGAAGCAGCUUGAACUAGAGGAGGAGCAGCUUGAACCUGAGGAGGAGCAGCUUGAACCUGAGGAAGCUCUGGAAGCCUUGGCUUUACCAACUGGUCCCAUCACAAGGUCCCAGACUAAGAUGCUCAACCAAGACAUUGGAAGAGUACUUAGCCGUUUGAGUCGGCAUGAUCAGGAGCUUAAACAUUCCACUUUGAACCUUUCUCUUGGUGUGUUGAAUCCAGGAAAUCCCUUUAGUAUAGUUGUGAGUUGUAUCAACUAUCUUAGAGGUGGUGUUGGAGAUUCCUUUCCAUUGAUCUCUGGUAUAGCCAUUCAAUCCAUUCUCAUCUAUCCUUCCAUCGAUCCAUUCAUCACUUCAUCAUUUCAAUCCAUUCCGCCAAGUUCUCUGGUUCCUUUCAUUCCAUCAUCAUCAUUCAACCUCUACUUGCUUCAAAGUGCCGAUCCUCAACAAGGGGUCUAUCAAGUGGUACUAUGGCGGAUGGAAAGGAAGAUGAAGAAGAUUCGAACAAGAGUCUCAGUGAAUCCCUUCUGGAACAAUCAAGAAGCUCAUGAGGGAAGAGUUUGA